UAAGUGGGGUAUUUCCAUGUAAUUUCCCGGGAUCGUACUUUCGGUAUGACAAGACUGUUAAAAUAGACCACGUUCCGUGUAGCUGAAUACAUUUUACUGAAUGCACGGACGACAUAUUGAAAAUCUUGGCUACUUCAUAUCCCCGUAGGUUUGUGAGUAUGUACCACUAGAAGUAUGACAGUGUUUUUACAUUUGACCCUCUCUCCAAUCUAACAAUCUCAUGUGAAGCUCGCAGUUCACUAUACUGCUGGUUGAUUAUAUAUAUAUAUACACUGAAGUAUACGAUCAACACUCGAUUUACAUUAGAACAGCUGUACGUCUGUGAGUUAACCAUCCACGCAUACAAGGUACCACAAGGAACAUCCACAAUGGAUUCUUCUGAUGAAGAGUUUAUAAUUGACAUACAACCAGAGCCAGGGGAACAACAGCGUGUUCAGGACGACAACCCGCUCACAGGAAAUCAGAAAAUGGGACGCCUUGUUUUCCGAGAGACAAUGGGUACUGACGUUAAAAUGAUUACAGAAAACUGUGAAGUGGUGGACAUCAACACCGACCAGGCUGCUUUGAAGAUGUUGUCAUCUGGAAACAUGAAUACAGAUGCUCUUCCAGUUGUUACAUUAUCUUGGGAUACUUUGUCGAACACGCCACUCUCCUUCUGUCAAGUCCACCUACAUGCAGGUUCGGAAUGCAUGUAUGCCGACGUUAUCCAUGGCUUGAUUAGGAAUAAUUACAGACAACUUCGGAGCCUUACAGAAACAAUUCACUCAGACUACCGAGCACGAGUCACUCGCAUACAGGAUAACCCGUUUGGGUUUGGACUAGCCCAUGAGAGUGAUGUAAGCUUGGAUGAAAUUGGGCGCGUGAUAGAGGACUUGGAACGAGAUGUCCAAAUUGUUUUGUCUGCUUGUGUAAACAAAGAUAUUUCACUGGAAUUAAGUCUGGACCUCAGUGGUUCAAGGGAGACAACUUAUGAUGAACCCAAUACCGAGCCAGUAGAUAUUCCAGUACCUGUAGAGGCCCCAAAACAGCCUCAUUCUGGUGGUGCCCAGUUUGUUGAAGAUACUGCUGACAACGCUGAUGAGACUGGGUGUGCGGAUGAAGCUGGACGUUCGAGUACAGUGGACAGUACAUUGGGCGACGAUGUUGAUGAGACAGAAAGAAAGUUUGAAGAUAUUGAGGAAAACCUGAAGGCUCAACGGAAUGUCAUUGAAGCGAGUUUUGAGGAACAACGAACCCAAAAUGAGGAGAUGAACACCACGUUGAAAUCACUGAUGUCCCUUCUUCAGCAGAAAAUAAGCGCGAAACAGUCUGAGGAAAGUGCCACUGAAUCAACACGUCCGUCUGCGUCGCCUGAUCUAGCCACUGACGGGGAUUCUAAUAAGGCAUCUACUACAAAGGGAGGUCAAUCGGAGAGAGGCGGAAGAAAGGCGCACACUGUCGUUAUGGCUGGAAAUCAAGAGAACGUUGUGGGCCCAAUGGAGGCGAGUGACAGUCAAGUAGGCCCAACUGAGGUACGUCACAGUCAAGUGGAACCCAAAAGUGAUACCCUGGAACAGUCGGGCCAACAUCGGAAACAUAAGGAUACUGAACAACAAAACCUAGGUCGGCAACAAGAGGGACAACAAAAGCAACAGAAACUGGAAAAUCCGUCAAGUAAUAGUCAUUUGAAACUGGACGCCAAAUUGUCGGGGAAUGUAAAUAAACAUCCAUUAUCGAAUGUGAAAUUAUCUGAGGUGCCACAUCAUGAGGAUUCAUGGAAUCCUGAUGACCGCUUUUUUGAUAUCGCUUUCAACAGACCAGUACCCCUGGCAUAUUCGGGGAAACCAGAGAAUGUUUCACCUGACUUUGAUUCAAACCGGAAAGAGAUGCCGGAGACAAGCCAAGGCGCGGCUGGUGGUUACAUGGUUGACCCAAAGCUCAGUGCUCUCAUGCAAGAUGGGAACCUGAGUUCGUCUGGAAAGAGCAAGCCACAACCACAACCCCGUCAACCUCAGGUGUCAGGACAUCAUACAGAACUAGCACAGCACUUCUUGAAGGUGCACGGAGUAAAGGGCUCAUCGCCGGAAGUGCGACGACUGGUAAAAACAGUUGAGAUGGCAAUGAUAGACGAGAGCCCGAUGCCUCCAAAGACUCGAGCCCUCGACACGAUACUCUGUCUUGACACUUCAAGCAGUAUGGGACAGAAAGGCCUCAAAGAAAUGAAGGACAUAGCUUUUGGAUUUAUUGACGCCCUGGAUGACAUUGCAGCGAAGCAUGAAAUCGAAGAGAAUCUUGCUGUCGUGACAUUUGGAGGACAGUCAAAAAUCGAACACCAUUUGAGCAAUGACUAUACCAGUGUCAGGGAAAGAAUUGAUAAACUUAAACUUGGCGGUCGGUCACCAUUAUUUGAAGCACUUCUGGUGUGCCUCUGCGCUAUAAAUGGACGAGGGGGGGCUCUGAGUAUCUCUGGCGUCCACCGAGUUCAGCCGCGGCUCAUCAUUAUCACAGACGGGAAGGCCUCCGAUGAAUCUGAGGACUCUGUAGGUGAUGUGGACAACGUCGAUGACAACGUCAAGUUGCGCAUUAUUCAGUUGAUGCAAGAGUUUACAGCCAAGAAGAAUCAAACAACAUUUCCCAGGCCUUUGGUGUGGGUUCCCGUUGGAAAUGCUAAUAAGUCCUUUCUGAGGUCACUGGCAGAAAUAGGCCAUGGGCAGUACAUGGCAGGGGGCCUCUCAGAUGUACAGAAAUUGAGUCAGUAUCAGCGAAUACAGGAGGCUGUGGGCAAAAUAUUUGUAUGUCUCCAAAGACAGAUUGGUCCUGAGACUGGAGAUAUUCGUCACGAUAUCGACACCAUCAUGGGCGCGCUGGUGGGGGACAUGGAGGAGGAGUACAAGACAGAAGUUAUUAAAAAUGUCAUGGCUAAGCUCGAAGGUAAAGAAGGAUAUGGAAACGAAGAUCAGGGCGCUGAUGGGUUUGACUACAUAGUUGAAGUGGAUGGCCUUCCUCCCCUGGGAACUAGGGUGACCAGGGGGCCGGACUGGCACUGGGGGAACCAAGACACGGAAGGCCCGGGCACAAUCAUCAACCAUUAUGAUAAACAUGGAGGGGGAAAACAUUUGCUGUAUGUCCAGUGGGACAACGGGACCUUCAACCAGUAUCGGUAUGGUUUGGACGGUGAAUAUGAUGUGUGGCCAGCCCCUGAUCAACCGAGGCUUAUUGCAUCUGACAUGCUUAUUGAAGUGGGUUGUGAAGUGACGAGAGGUCCUGAUUGGAAGGAUGACUACGAAUACCAGGAUGGAGGACCUGGAUGUGUUGGUGUCGUCAUCAGAAAGAAUGAUCAGGGAAUGGUGAAGGUUCGCUGGAAACAGAACUGUUACAUAGGCUCUUACAGAUAUGGUGCCGACGGAAAGCUGGACCUCACUGUAAGAGACCCGGGUGACAUUCUGACCGAACUCACCAGAUCAGAUCAGGGGAAGCUCUCUACCAACGUCACAAUGCCGGAGGAAGUCAAGGUACAAGAAAAGGGUACGUGGGUGUGGCACUGGAAGGACGAAAGAAACCAAUGGCAACAAUAUACAGCUCAAAAUAACAAAAAGCUUGAAGACCAAUAUCGUAAACGGUCAACUGGGUCAUGCCUUGUACAGAGAGCUGGCAAAAGUUACAGAGUACUCUUCAAGGAAAUGUUUGAGAAGGAUUUAAGUAAUGAAUCAAGAAGAGAAGUGAAGAGAACAUGUGUUGACAAGAAAUGAUUCUAACUUGCCGUGUAACAAGAAAUGAUUCUAACUUGCCGUGUAACAAGAAAUGGAUAUUUUAUGGCGAUGUGACACUCGAAAGCACUGCUAUCGCUAUGAUGAACUUGAUGAGUCCACAUGAGUUUCUACCCACAACUGGCUGCACAGACAGACAAAACAAUGCGUCUUAGUAAAGAGAGACGUUAUCCUUGUGGCAUGAAUUGUACAAUGAAUCUGAAUACAUUUGCUUGGAAUGUCCAUUUUAGCACGAUUUAAGAUUUUAGUCUCGUAUCAUAAAUAUUAUAAUUAUUAUCUUCCUACAGUAGGCUAACAUCCCAAUCUACUCGCUACUCAUAAGCAGUGGUGUAUCUCAUCUUGCUUAACAUACACUACUGCCUUUAAAGGGGCGGUGGGUUAGCCAAGUGGCUAAAGCGUUCGCUCGUCACACCGAAGGCCCGGGAUCGAUUCGCCACAUGGAUACAAUGUGUUAAGCCCAUUACUGGUGUCCCCCGGCGUGAUAUUGCUGGAAUAUUGCUAACAGCGGUGUAAAACCAUACUCACUCACUACUGCCUUUACAAACUUGAAGACUUCCUUAAACAAGCCAGUUUAAUGCGAAUUGUGCACAUUGAUUGGUGCCCAAGUCUGUGACAUUUCUAAUUUAUAUGUUGUCACUAUAUAUUGGUGCCGGUGGCAACCUUACGGAAUAAAGUCAACCAUAAUUCAUUGUUACACACUCUUUAGAAAUACGUGCUUGCAAUCGAACUCGCACUGAGGCGUUACCGAAGGAUUCCUUCCGUUUGACGACUGACAUGUGUCAAAAUGACAAAAUAUUUUACUCGCUUAUGCUUUCAUGUGAAGAUAAUCGCCUCCUUACACUGGACAGAGAAGUGACAGUGUAUCAUACCUUUAUGCUAGUCUCAUAUUUUUCAGAGCUUCCUAUUCAUUGAACAAGGGCCUGCCAUAUCCAUGUCAUGCAUACAUGUAUGUCUAGAGUAAUUCUGUUGCCCUUAGGAACAAGGUGAAGCUGAACCCUAGCGGAGCUGGCUCUGUUAAACCUCGUCUAUAUUGUACCAUACAUUUAUCAUUAACGAGGUUUGACAACAUGUCGGUCUUUAUAAGUAUUAUUUGUAUUUAAUUCCUGUCAUGUGACAUGUGUGCUAUAGAAGGCUUGUUCCAGAGACAGAUAGGUGAGGUCUAACCACCAUCAGAAUGUAAUGUCCUGGCACAGGGUUGGUCUUGUAAAUACGACUUCACAUAACGCUAGACACACAGAGUAGAUCUUGCUUCUUUUGAACCAUGCACCGAUUGCCGACUGUGUUUAACGAGAGUGUUUUCUUAAAACAAUUAAGAUAAAUAAAAUUUUCUCCUUGUUUCA